CUUACGCAUUUUUGUUAGUUUGGAUAUCCUUUGCCAUAAGGAAUUAGCCAGUUAACUGACAAGGUUAAUAGGUUGCUAGUAACUAAAUGUUACAGUACUGUUAGUCGCCUACAUAUUGAUCAUUUGCAAAUAUACUGUAACUACUAACGACGCUGGCAAUAUUGGAGAAGCUUAUCACACCAGCUAGCAAGCUAGUUGUUCGAUAUCAAUUGUUCUGUUGUCACGCAUUACUAACCAUUGCGCCUUGGUCUAGUUAGCCAGCUGACUAGUAACUGUAGUUAGGUUUACAAUUGCCACUGUCAUCCGCCGUGUUAGUACGUGAAUUUUGGUAAUUUUGAUCGACAAAAACUGUUGAAAAUCGCAAGGAAAUGUUUUUGAGGAGCUGUUGGAAAUCUCGACACAAGCCAGACUCCGGUUCAGUUUUAGUCUGGUUACAGCUUCGUUACGUGGCCCUGUUGUGGUUAUGCGUGACCCACUUGGGGUGCGCAGGGGCAGAAAAAACGGUGGUCCAAAAAGAUGCAGAAUUUGAUAUUACCUACAACGAUACAGCUAGGAGUGACAACCAAACCAUCUACGCCUUCAAUCACACCGUGUCCCGAAACAGAACGGAGGGGGUCCGCGUGACUGUGGACGUGCUGUCUGAGGGGACAGAGAGCAGUCCCAUCCUGUUUGUGGUCAGACAGAAGCAGGCAGUGCUGUCCUUCCAGGUCCCUCUCAUACUGCGUGGACUGUACCAGAGGAAGUACCCCUAUGCCCACGUGGGCCGGACAUUGUGCCAGCCCCCCACCCGAGCCCUUGCUGAGACCCAGUACUUCUUUGUGGACGUUUCCACCCUGUCCAGCCUGGGAACUCACUACCAACUGAGGAUUAGCCGCGUGGAAAGCUUCACCUUGCAUACAGACAAGAAGUUUAGCUUCACUGCCUCACCGUCCCAACCCCAGUACUUCAAAUAUGUUUUCCCGGACGGAGUGGACACCGUCAUCGUCAAGGUCAACUCGGAGAUGACCUUUCCGUGUUCGGUCAUGUCCAUACAGGAUAUCCAGUGUCCAGUGUAUGACUUGGAUAACAACGUUGCCUUCAUUGGAAUGUAUCAAACCAUGACCAAGAAAGGUGCCAUCACGGUCCAGAGGAAGGACUUCCCCAGUAAUAGUUUCUAUGUGGUGGUGGUGGUGAAGACGGAGGACGAGGCUUGCGGGGGCCCUCUUCGCUUUUACCCCCUGCGUCCAGAUGAGCUCAUCGAUGCUGGCAACCGCAGUAAAACCCUGGAUGUGGUCGUCUCGCCUGCCAUCAAGUCGGAGGUGUAUGUGAUGGGAAUGCUGUUCUGCUUGGGCAUCUUCCUCUCCUUCUACCUUCUGACAUUCCUGGUGGCCUGUGUGGAGAACAAGAGGAUGCACAGGAGGAGGGAGGGGCUUCUGCACCCGGUGGACAUGUCACCUGCAGAGACAGCACCUUUACUGGGGAAGCCUGCAGUGACUCCAGUCUCCCCCUAUGACCAAUACGGCUCUUUUGCGGACAAUGCCAGCACGCUAAGCUCCGAGGCCAUUACAGACAGCAUAGCAUCAGAUGCUAACUAUGGAUAUAUGGGACAGGAGCCUUUCAAACGCAGACCCUUCCUCACUGCCAUCCACCACGUAGCCAUUCGCAUUGAGCGUUCGUUGGAGAGUGUUACAGGUCGGAGUCGUCAUGAGUCUCUCAGCUCAGUGGAGGAAGAUGACUACGACACGCUGGCCGACAUCGACUCAGACAAGAACAUAGUGCGCACCAAGAAAUAUCUGUGUGUGUCAGACUUGGCUCGCAAGGACAAGAGAGUCCUGAGUAAAAAGUACCAGAUCUACUUCUGGAACAUUGCCACCAUAGGUGUGUUCUACGCUCUUCCUGUCAUCCAGCUGGUCAUCACAUAUCAAACGGUUGUCAAUGUGACAGGAAAUCAGGACAUCUGCUACUACAACUUCCUGUGUGCGCAUCCCCUGGGGAAUCUGAGCGCCUUCAACAACAUACUGAGUAACCUGGGAUACGUGAUGCUGGGCCUGCUGUUCCUGCUCAUUGUGCUGCAGAGGGACAUCAUCCACAGCAAAGCCCUGGAGCGCAACGAACUCAACGCCCUGGAGUGUGGCAUCCCUAAACACUUUGGGCUGUUCUAUGCCAUGGGCACGGCUCUGAUGAUGGAGGGGCUUUUGAGUGCCUGCUACCAUGUCUGUCCCAACUACACCAACUUCCAGUUUGACACCUCCUUCAUGUAUAUGAUUGCGGGGCUGUGUGUGCUGAAGCUGUACCAGAAGAGACAUCCAGAUAUCAAUGCCAGUGCUUAUACUGCCUAUGCCUGCCUGGCUGCUGUCAUCUUCUUUUCUGUGCUGGGAGUGGUGUUUGGGAAAGGCAACAUGGUCUUCUGGAUUGUUUUCUCUGUAAUCCACAUCCUGGCCACCCUGCUGCUCAGCACACAGCUCUACUACAUGGGACGCUGGAGGCUGGAUUCUGGCAUCCUGCGCAGGAUGGUCUAUGUCAUCUAUACAGACUGUAUCCGCCAGUGUAGUGGCCCUAUGUAUAUCGACCGAAUGGUUCUGCUGGUGAUGGGAAACAUAGUGAACUGGUCUCUGGCUGCCUACGGCCUGCUAGAGAGACCCAAUGACUUUGCCUCUUACCUCCUGGCCAUCGCCAUCUGCAACCUGCUGCUCUACUUCGCCUUCUACAUCAUCAUGAAGCUCCGUAGUGGUGAGAGGAUCGGGUGCAUGUCCCUGGUGUGUAUCCUCUUCACAGCCGUGGUCUGGGGCUUUGCCCUCUUCUUCUUCUUCCAAGGCCUGAGCACCUGGCAGAAAACUCCAGCUGAAUCCCGAGAGCACAACCGCGACUGCAUCGUCCUGUCCUUCUUCGACGACCACGACAUCUGGCACUUCCUGUCCUCCAUCGCCAUGUUUGGCUCGUUUCUGGUUCUCCUGACCAUGGACGAUGACCUAGAUGACGUCCAGAGAGACAAGAUUUUUGUGUUUUGAGGCAGCAACUGUCUUCGCCUUAACAUCCCUCACUAAACAAUACUGACCGUGAAGUCUGAGACCCCCACUGGCCUGUCUACCUGACUACAGGUGGGCUGGGCGUCUUUCAGCCUCUCACAGCCAAUCAGACAACUGGGGAGGGAUGGAGCUCCCUCCCCCUAGAAUCUGUAUGGACACUUGGUGUGCCAAUCAAUGUCUGGCUCCACCAGCCCCGCUGACAUUUCUCUUGCUGCCAUCCAACAUUACUGUAGUCAUUGUGUUUUCUUACUGCUGACGAAAUAACAAUGUUAAUUGCUACAACAAUUUACAUUUAUUUUAUAUUGCAUUCUUAUUGACUACGUAAGUGCGCUGUGUGAGUGUAAAUGUUUUUGAGCAUUAAUAUUUGUAUCCGUGUGUGUGUGUGUGUGUGUGUGGGAGUGUAAAGUCACUCCAUGUCCAGUCUGUCGGUGGCCUUCUCUGUCCAUGAGUGUGAUCAGUAUGUGUUCCUGUGGGCCAGUGUCACAAUGUACUUCAGCUGGGAUGAAUCGGUCCCAGCUGUCCCUGAGACAAAGCAAUGAUUGUAUUUCAAUUACUAACUACGUCCUUAGCUGAUGAGGAAGAUGUAUUUUGCACUGUAGUAUAAUAUAAGAAAACGUUGUGAUGAAAACUGUAUGACGGAACAACUACUGAAUAAAGUCUUUGUUUCCACUCUGGUAAA